UAAUAUUCCUCCGUUCAUCUUCCACUGCUCACCACUCCACCACCCUUUUCUCUCAUCGUUUUUUAGAUCAUCAAUGGCGGCCAUGGCUACCACCUUUACAACAUCCAUCUCCACCAAGGCAAAGACCAGCUUCUUGGAACAAUCCUCCUUCCAUGGAGUUCAGAUUUCUUCCCCAAUUCGUCUCCAACCACUCAAAUCCACACAAAACAAAAUGUCGAUCACCAUCUCUGCAGCUUCUACGCCUUACGAUCUUAACUCCUUCACUUUUCAACCGAUUAAGGAAUCGAUUGUGUCUCGUGAAAUGACCAGAAGGUACAUGACUGAUAUGAUUACCUACGCUGACACUGAUGUCGUCAUCGUCGGUGCUGGAUCCGCUGGUCUCUCUUGCGCUUAUGAGCUCAGUAAGAACCCAGAUGUUCAGGUAGCGAUUAUUGAGCAAUCUGUGAGCCCCGGCGGUGGUGCAUGGCUGGGGGGACAACUCUUCUCCGCCAUGAUUGUCCGGAAGCCGGCACACCUCUUCCUCGACGAACUCGAAAUCGAGUAUGACGAGACAGAACACUACGUCGUGAUCAAACACGCUGCUCUAUUCACCUCCACCAUCAUGAGCAAGCUGUUGGCCCGACCAAAUGUGAAGCUCUUCAACGCGGUGGCAGCCGAGGAUUUGAUCAUCAAAGGAGGAAGAGUCGGUGGCGUGGUGACCAACUGGGCUCUAGUGGCGAUGAACCACGACACACAGUCGUGUAUGGACCCUAAUGUGAUGGAAGCUAAGGUGGUUGUGAGCUCAUGUGGGCAUGAUGGUCCGAUGGGUGCCACCGGAGUCAAGAGGCUUAGAAGCGUAGGGAUGAUCGAGAGCGUUCCAGGGAUGAAGGCGCUUGACAUGAACACAGCGGAAGACGCGAUCGUGAGGCUUACGAGAGAGAUCGUUCCUGGUAUGAUCGUCACAGGGAUGGAAGUUGCAGAGAUUGAUGGAUCUCCAAGAAUGGGGCCAACGUUUGGGGCCAUGAUGAUUUCAGGGCAGAAAGCUGCACAUUUGGCGUUGAAGGCAUUGGGACUUCCUAACGCUCUCGAUGGAUCUUACGUCGGAAGCAGCCAGCCGGAGCUGAUACUUGCGGCGGCAGACGGUGGCGAGACUGUUGAUGCUUGAAUGUGGUAGGAAUUGAGAGUGGAGAAUAAAAGAAGUGUGGGAUAGGGCUGUUGCUGCUGCUGCUCGUGGUUUUGUUUUCUGUGAAUGAAUGAUAUGAUAUGAUGCCCUUAUUUCCCUUCAAUAACAACUUGGUUUUUCCCGUUGUGA